CCGGUGCGGGCCGGGAUGGCGGCGCAGGGCGGCGGGUGGCGGUGGGCGCUGGCGCUGGGCAUGGCGCUGGCCCUGGGCGGCCGCCGCUGCCCCGCCGCCCCGCUCCUCAACGCUUCGGCCGUGCCCGAGCGCUGCCGCCGCGCCGCGUCCUGCGAGCAGCUGCGGUUCGGGUCCUGCCUGGGCUCGGCGCUGCCCUACGCCGCCACCUCCACGUUGUUGGCUACGGACUCGGCUUCGCAGGAGGAGGCGCACGGGAAGCUCCUGCUCUGGUCCGGCCUGCGUAACGCCCCGCGCUGCUGGGACGUCAUCCAGCCCCUGCUCUGUGCUGUCUACAUGCCCAAGUGCGAGGACGGGCAGGUGGAGUUGCCCAGCCAGACCCUGUGCCAGGCCACCCGGGCACCAUGCACCAUCGUGGAGCGUGAGCGUGGAUGGCCAGACUUCCUCAAGUGCACCACAGACCGCUUCCCUGAGGGAUGCCCGAACGAGGUGCAGAACAUCAAGUUCAACAGCUCGGGGCAGUGUGAGGCACCGCUGGUGAGGACAGACAACCCCAAGAGCUGGUAUGAGGACGUGGAGGGUUGUGGCAUCCAGUGCCAAAACCCACUCUUCACAGAGAAGGAGCACCGUGAGAUGCACGUCUACAUCGCUGCCUUCAGCUCCGUCACCAUCUUCUGCACCUUCUUCACCCUGGCCACAUUUGUUGCUGACUGGAGGAACUCCAACCGCUACCCAGCUGUCAUCCUCUUCUACAUCAACGCCUGCUUCUUCGUGGGCAGCAUCGGUUGGUUGGCGCAGUUCAUGGAUGGGGCCCGUGAUGAGAUCGUGUGCCGGGCUGAUGGCACCAUGCGGCUGGGAGAGCCCACCUCCAACGAGACACUCUCCUGCGUCAUCAUCUUCGUCAUCGUUUACUACUCGCUGAUGUCGGGUGUCAUCUGGUUUGUCAUGCUGACCUACGCCUGGCACACUUCCUUCAAGGCACUGGGCACCACCUACCAGCCGCUGGUGGGCAAGACCUCCUACUUCCACCUCAUCACCUGGUCCAUCCCCUUCGUCCUCACCGUGGCCAUCCUGGCUGUGGCACAGGUGGAUGGUGACUCUGUCAGUGGCAUCUGCUUUGUGGGGUACAAGAACUACCGGUACCGGGCCGGCUUUGUCCUGGCGCCCAUUGGGCUUGUCCUUGUUGUGGGUGGCUACUUCCUCAUCCAGGGGGUCAUGACGCUCUUCUCCAUCAAGAGCAACCACCCUGGGCUGCUCAGCGAGAAGGCAGCCAGCAAGAUCAAUGAGACCAUGCUGCGCCUGGGCAUCUUUGGCUUCUUGGCCUUUGGCUUUGUCUUCAUCACUUUUGGUUGUCACUUCUAUGACUUCUUCAACCAGGCGGAGUGGGAACGCAGCUUUCGGGAAUAUGUGCUGUGUGAGGCCAACGUGACCAUCGCCACGCAGACCAACAAGCCCAUCCCUGACUGUGAGAUCAAGAACCGGCCGAGCCUGCUGGUGGAGAAGAUCAACCUCUUUGCCAUGUUCGGCACUGGCAUCUCCAUGAGCACAUGGGUCUGGACCAAGGCCACGCUGCUCAUCUGGAGGCGCACAUGGUGCAGGCUGACGGGGCAGAGCGAUGACCAACCCAAGAGGAUCAAGAAGAGCAAGAUGAUCGCAAAGGCCUUCUCCAAGCGCAAGGAGCUGUUGCGUGACCCAGGCCAGGAGCUAUCCUUCAGCAUGCACACCGUGACACACGAUGGCCCUGUGGCCGGUUUAGCAUUUGACAUCAACGAGCCAUCAGGUGACGUGUCCUCAGCGUGGGCCCAGCACGUCACCAAGAUGGUGGCCAGGAGGGGAGCCAUCCUGCCCCAGGACAUCUCCGUGACACCCGUGGCAACACCUGGCAAGUCCUUGGGGACCAUGUUGGGGGGGAGGGAUGAGGAGGGCUGGGAGGUGCUGGGGGGACACAGGGCAGCAUGUGGCCACUCUCACCCCAUUCCACAUCCCACAGUGCCACCAGAGGAGAGAGCCAACCUCUGGGUGGUUGAAGCCGACGUCUCCCCCGAGCUGCAGAAGCGCAGUGGCCGCAGGAAGAAGAGGAGGAAGAAGAAGAAGAAGGGGGUGAGCCCAGACCCCGAGCGCUGCCUAGGGGGUUCCGCAGCCCCCUUAGCACCCAGCACCGUCCCCCACCUGCCCCGGCUGCCACCCCAGCCCUGCCUGGUCACUUUUGCCCCCGACAUGCUUCCGGGGCUCCCACCUGAAGCCACCUUCGCCGGGCGACCAUGGGACAACCGCUGCAGAGCCAAGGUCCUGCACCUCAUCAGCAACCCCUUCUGCCCCGAGGGCGGCUCCCCGGAGGAGGAGAGGCCCAGCCCCAGCACCGGGCACCAGCAGCACAACGGGGCUCCGCUGUGGCUCCCCAGGCCAGACCCCCGUGCUGGGGGGAUGAGGACUCAGGGCCGUCGGGCCGCCUUGGGCCCCAUCCACUCCCGGACCAACCUGGUGGAUGCAGAGCUGCUGGAUGCUGAUUCGGACUUUUGAGCUUGGUGGGAUGUUGUGAGCAGAUGGGGGUGGCCCUGAAGCCUCAUCCAGUGCCAGCAGCUUGUGAGGAGACUUGGAAGCCCAUCCUGACCCACUGAGCUCGGUCCUGAGCAUCCCUCCAGCCUGGCCACUGCUGAUUUCCACCCUUGGAGGACUGUGUCACUCCCCAGGCAGACUCAAUUCACAUCCCAGCCCAGCGAGAUGCCAAAAGUAAGGUUUUGGGGUAUCCCCACGGCAUCACUGUGAGAAGAGAAACUGCAUGUUGGUGGAACAAACCCCGUCCAGGUCCUGCAGGGAUAUAUGGAGAAGGGGGACACUGCCUUUGCCCCCCAGGACAGUGGUACCAGGCAGCGGGUGAGCGCAGCUCAGGGUGGAUUUUGGGGAGCUGCAUGCCACACCUUGGGGUGCUGGGACCUGCUGCCACCCCUCACUCUCUCCCCCACUGUGAGUAGAUGGUACGUAGAGCUUCCACACACGUGUGCCAAUAGUUUUGUAAUACACCAAGCCAUGGUGCUGCAGCUGAGUGGGAUGAGCUGAUCCCUGCUCACGGGGUGUAGCAGCACCCUGGGGUGCGCCCGUUUCUCUGGGUACACCCCUCAUUCCUUCAGGGGUCCAAAAGUGCCUUCCAGCUCCCCAGAGAGCUGCACCAGACCUAUACCACAGGGUUGGUGGGCUGGUGGGCCCUGACCAGGGGAGGUGGGGAGUCACUUUGGGGUGCUCCCUGAGCCAUGAUGCCUAAACCAGGACCCAAACCAGGUGCUCUCGGGGUGCACCCACCCCCUGAGCAAAGCUUUUUUUUAUGUUUUUAACUAAACCUCCCCCAGUUUACACUAAACCCAGACAAGUGCUGAGGUAGGAGGGCUCCAGUCCCUGCUGGUGUUUUCUAUUUGUCCAUUACCCCCCAAAUCAUCUUUAUCAAACCCCAGUAGGCUCCUGGUGUUCCCUCUAUCCCAGUGACCUCCAUGGGUGCCUUUUUUUGCUGUGUAAAGGAAAACUCUCCUGUAUCAGUAUUAAAUUUACCACAUUUCCAGUG